AGCGCGUGCGCACUGAUUCACAUGGAUUCAUUCAUCUGUGUAAUGAAGUUGUAUAGCACAGUUAACACUCAUUAAUCAGGAAAAUCCGAGGGGUUUAUUAAGGUUUAUAGCGCGUAGGUGUGUUUACGGUGUGUUUACGGUGUGUAGAGUGUAAAGAGUGUAAAGAUUCAGUGAGAUGUUACAGGAGCCACGAUGGAGGAUUCCUCAAAACGCCCCCACGUGUAUGGAGAGACAACUGGGGUGUGUGCGUUACAGAACAGAUGGUGUUUUCCUGCUCAGUGCUUCCAGUCUGACAGGUCGGUGUUGGUUCGGUUCUGUUUGGAUUUAUUCUGAUUCUAAACUUGCCCCCAAUGAGGGAUUCUGUAAGGCGGGGCUUCAGACGGAGGCGGGGCUCAAUGAUGUCAAGUGGCUGACGGACAGGAGCAUCGUUGCAGGAACUGAUUCUGGUGCAGUUGAAUUAUGGGAUUUGGCUGAAGAUGAGCGCUUGUUAAUUAAUCGAUUCAGUCGUCAUGAACACGAUGACAUUGUCACAACAAUCAGUCCAGCAUCUGACACCCACCAUGUAAUCAGUGGCAGCAUGGACUGCAGGGUUAAAGUUUGGGAUGUGAAUCAGGAGUCUGUGAUCAACACCUACACUGUGCACUCCAUGGCUGUGAGCUGUGUGUCCUGCAGUCCAAAUGACCAGUCACUGUUCCUGUCCUGUGCUCAGGACGGACGACUGUUGCUGUGGGAUCGUAGAAAACCUAAACCUGCCUCUCGCUUAGACGUGGUUUCUCCAAGUUCUGUGACUGCUGUUGUGUGGCAUCCAAAUCAUAGCAGCACCAUCGCCUACGGUGAUGAGUUGGGAAGGGUAACUGUGACAGAUUUCCAGGCUACAGGAAAUUCACAGACGACGAACCCACACACACGCAGAGUGUCAGAGCUCACCUUCUCCUCACACAGUUCUCCUCUCCUCGCCUCAGUGAGUGAUGACUGCACCGUCACUGUGCUGAACACAGAGCUCAGAGAAAUUUACAGAGACAGUAGACACCAGGACUUUGUGCGUGGUGUGUGUUGGGCUCCGGGCGGCUCAGAUGUCCUGACCACUGCAGGGUGGGAUCACCAGGUUCUCCAUCACAAUGUGCAGGAGACUCGCACUUAAUACACACACACACACUAAACACACAGCCCUGCAUCCAUCAGUGUUUAAUAAAGUGUGUCUUCAGUCAAA